UCAGAGGUCGAUUUUGUAGACCUGACGAGUGUGGGGGAGACGUGUUGCCACCCCGGAGCACUGUAAAUUCGAUUCUUCUGGUGCCCUGUCUUUUUCCCCUGUCAAAUAAGGACAUUCAAAAUCACCGUCUUGCAUACAAUUUCUGGCGGGCAUGAAUGUUGCAGUAUGCUUACAGACUAUGCCUGAUUUCCUUGGUAGCUGAAAACGGAUGGCCCGAGUCUUUGCGGUGCCAUGAGGACAAGUGUACUUUAACUGAUAUAUAUACCUAUAUGGUCCGUUAAUCCCAGUGAAUGGGGAUGAUUUUGGCCAACUUAGCAUCUUCAAAUCUGACCAAGUUUCGCAAACAUGACGACGACGACAUCCGCCCCCGGCGACACCCCCGGUAAGACCCCCGGUGACACUCCGGUCAAGAUUACGGCCACGCAUGUUAUUAACUUCGCCGACCCCAAGAGCUUGGAACAUCUCCCCUCUCCUUUCCGACUUGGUCCCUUGGAUUACCUCGCCCAUACCGGCGUCCCUAUCGACCUGGUCUACGCCUAUGAAAAGCCCGAUCAUGAAAAGACAGAAGACUUCAUUCCUAUCUCACGACUGCGUGAAGCCAUCAGCAACCUGCUCAAUUACUACCCUCACCUGACCGGCCGCCUCGCCAUCGACCCUUCCAAUGGCGUCCGGAGUAUCACCAAGCUGGGCACGGGCGCCUCCCUGUUCGAAGCAUCUUGCGACCAGCCGCUCUCGCCAGGCGAAGCGCUGAUUGCCCCAUGGGAUCCCUCUUUCGACGACAAAACGGGCAUACAGCGCGGCCCCCUUCUGCUAAUCCAACGUACCCAAUUCAAGUGCGGCUCCGUCGCCAUCGGAUACCGCAUCUCCCACGCCGUCUGCGCCGCAGAGGGGUGCCUUCAUCUGUACCAAGACCUGUGCGACAUCUACCGCAAGCUUUCUCGCCGUGAUAUCGGAACCCUUGACCUCCCACCGCAUAUCAUCCCCUGGGGCGCCUACCGAAUAACCGAAGGCGAUACGGGCGAAGCACCCUGGGCCAUUACUGAUCCACCACCUGGCUUCAUCAUCUCCUCCCAGCCAGGCGAAGCACUAGGCGGCGAUGCCGACAAGCACAUGAAGAGUACAGUCACUUCAGACACUGCCCAAGAACCUCACAUCCCUAUGGUCGGCACUUACCUGAACUUCGACCCCGACGAACUUGCCCAUCUCCAAGCCAAAGCUACAAACCCCGACGAUGAGGACUCCUGGGUAUCCACGUUUGAAGCCCUCGUUGCCCACCUGUGGCAGCGCACCCACCAAGCCCGCGUCGUCGUCGCUUCCGAUCAGGCCCACCGUUUGACCGGGCACCCCAGAGGUGUCCCGCUUCCCAAAGACUGCCUCCCGACACCCAGCCUUUGGACCACUGGUAUAAACUUUGCCCAUCCCUCCCGCUUCGACUUCGCUGGACAAAGUAGGGGGUGGGGAAGGAGUCAUUACUUUCCCAAUGCCACCCUUCCCGUUUUCUUCACCUUGCCACAUGCAGAGGAAGAUGGGCUUGACUUGUGGGACGCCCCGCUUUGGCAGGUGGCCAGAUUGAUACACGACAAAAUGCGUCAUUUUGACACGUUUACCAGCAUGGAAUACGCACAUAUAGUUUGCCAAUGGAUGUGUGACUUACCCGACAAGCGCCUUGCCAAAGUCGACUUCAACCUGUUUGGGGAGUGGUGCUUUGUGAAUACGGACUGGAGCAAGUAUGAGCUGUAUGGGGAGCGGACGGCGCUGGAUGUUGAGGCAGUGUUGGCAGGCCCGCCCUUCACAAAGUUGUCGAGGUUGGAUGGCUUUACAACUUUUCUCAAAGCGAUGAGUGGAGGGAUUGAUGUGAGGUUGACGACGAACGAGGCGGCCUCGGAAUAUUCGACAUACUGGGAUGGGUUCACGGGGCGGUUUAGGUGGUAG